AUGCAUAGCCUUUCGUUUUCUCUAUUUCUCUCCGCUCUCAUACUGCUUUCCUGGCUUCCAGCCACGUAUGCUGAGAAUAGUUCUCACAUCAGAACAAAAGGCCUCAGUCGCUUCAAUGACGUGGACGAGGUCUAUCGCGUGCAUGACUUUCACGUGGACGAUGGCGUCUAUCGCUUUGACACCCGAAGUUUCCUCGAAGUUCAGGAACAAGGCGGCUUCAAGCCGUGGGGAGCCACACUUGACGAUUCGACACGCGACUUUAGCCUAUACAACUUCAUAACCAAAAAUGGCCGUCGGAUCGGAACAAUGUUUACCAAAGCAUGGACAUCCAUCAACGUCGCUCUUUUGUCCCAAUACGGCCGCGAAGGGUUCAUAUACCAAAUCGCCACGGCAGGGAACGGCAUCGAUGUUCGAAAGUCUCUCGGGCCCUUCUAUCCCACGGCCAUGCAGGGCCAGGACGCGAUCGCCUACAUCGGCGGAAUCCACAAGGACCAGAUCAUCGCCCACGCUUACGUACCCAAAGACUUCAAGGGAACCGCUGCCGAUUUGCAAUGGAUACCCAACCCGGACUUUGACGCCAGCACCUAUGGCAAUCGGCUCCUGACGGUAGCUCCACAGCUGGCCGAUGUGCCGGAUCAUGUAACGGCAGUUGUCGAUGGCGAAACCAUACGUGCAGGAGACGCAAAGGAAUUCUCCGAACAUAAAAAGCAUCCUUCGGCAUGGCACGCCCGGAAGCUCCGCCAAAAGAUCAACCGCCUGCAUGGGUGGUUUAAAAACUUUCCUUUCGAAAACCCCAGCAAAAAGCACAACGGAGUCGUGAGGUGCUUUCGAAAGGGUGAGUGUGGACUGGACGGUGGAGAUGGGAAUCCAGCAAAGAAGCAGCCGCCCGAGUCGCGGCGUAGAAAGUACGGAUGGUCUAGCCUGCUCGCUCCGUCUACUUCGAUCAAGAAGGGUGCAAUUCCAUCCGCGAAUCCCGGCUACAGCAUCGUUGUCGCCGGCGGCAUUCAUGCCGGCCUUGCAUUCCUAAACGAGGCACGCAAGGCUCUGGGACAAGCGUUUGUUCAACAGGCCGGUUCGCGCAUCGAAGCAAUGGAUGCCAUGGCAGGAUCGUCCGCUGCUUUCGACAGAGCAGGGGAUGUUCGCGUCGGUGGCUUCUACCGUCAUGUCUUUGAACGACCCGAUGACGCUCCUGGUGGGCUGGAUGAAUUAAACCGCCGCCGAGCUAAACAGGGCCGCAAGUUUCUGACCAGGGCUCAACUUUAUCAGCUGGCUCUGCACCAGGAUCAAGACAAGCACAUGGGCGUAGAGGCCUACAACGAAUUUUUACGCGAGCAGGGGGAUGGAGUCUUGAAGACGGCAGCAUUAAGGGAAUAUUGGGAGAAUGUAGUGAAAAUCUACCCCGCGCUGGAUCGAUACCGCCAAGAUUUCCUGGAAUAUGGUACGAAGACCUUGCAAGCGUUGAAUCUAGUCACCGGUCUCAUCUUAACGCCACCUUCCAUUCAGGUCAAGAAAACCCCUGGGAGCCAGAAAGGGGCACGAGGUGUUCACGUCGUCGGAAACAUCGACUCCGGGGACGACGACGCGACCGUUUCUCCUCCGCGAAAUCGAAUAAAUUGGUGUCAGAUACCGACACCGACGGGGGGUACUGAGGCAGCGAACCAGGAUUCGGAUUUGACUCUUUGA